AUGACAGGCAAGAGCGACGCUGUGCGACGCAGCUACAUGAAGAAAAACAAGAGUAAGAUGAAAGAAAGUCCAAGUAAAGAGUCUGUAGCAAAUAAAGUCAUCAAGUCCAAGUCUUCUUUAAAGCCCGAAAGAAGCAAGAACGACGUGGCACCACCUCCAGCCAAACCCGUCGGUGCCAUAAAGACCAAGUUCUGUCUUAAUUGUCAGAAGGAUCUGACACGAAAUAUUCGCAUUACAUGUGCCGAGUGUACUGUAAAGCCACCGUUUGAGCUGUGUGUCGAGUGCUUUGCGGUUGGAGUUGAGCUGGGUGAGCACAAGAAGAGCCACAAGUAUAUGGUCUCGGAUUGUCUUGCUUUCCCCAUUGUGCACGAGCCUCAGCCUCCAAUAUGCGAGAGUGUUUAUUCUACUCCUGUAUGCACUGGUAAUAAUGCUGCUACUUUCUUAACCGCCAUGAACGAUGCUGCUAGUACAGUAUGGACGGCGGACGAAGAGCUGUUGCUGCUUGAGGGUAUCGAAAUGUUUGGCAUGGGUAACUGGAAAGAUAUUGCCAAUCACGUGGUAACGAAGAGUGACAAGCGGUGUGAACAUCAUUAUUUGACAGCGUACAUAGGCUGGGAAGAUUUGAUGCCCAGGUUUGUUGGUGAUACGAUUGAAGAGAGCAAGGAUGAGCAAGAGAAGGCUGCGGAGCACAAGCUGCACAUGACGGACGAGAAGAUGACAGUUGAGAUGAAUAUAGCGUCGGAUCAGCUUACAAGAGUAAUGCCUGGGGAGAGGAAUGAGCCCAGUCAAUUGGCUGGAUACAUGCCGUUGCGUGGAGACUUUGAUGUGGAGUAUGACAAUGAUGCGGAAGUGAUUCUGGCCGAUAUGGAGUUCUCGGAUACGGAUCAUCCAGCAGAACGCGAGUUGAAGCUAAAGGUUAUUCAGAUUUACAAUCAGAAGUUGGAGAAGCGUCUAGAACGCAAGAAGUUUGUAGUGGAACGUGGAUUGCUGGAUUAUAAAUUGCAUCAGCAUACAGAGCGCAAACGGCCAAAAGAGGAACGUGAGUUGCUGGCACAGGUUCGACCCUUUGCUCGGUUUCAAACCCCGGAAGAGCACGAUAAGUUUGUGGAGGGUUUGAUCACAGCCAUGCGACUCAAGAAACAGAUUUUGUUGCUGCAGGAGUACCGCAGAAACGGCGUCCGAACUCUUGCUGAGGCCGAGCUGUACGAUGCAGAUAAGAAAAAGCGUGAGCUAGACCAGGCGAUCCAAAAGCAGCGAGACAGCGCUUCCUAUUUAUACGAGUCAGGUCGGACAACCUCCGGUCGCGAUCGCGCUAACCGGUGGCAGAACCGGGAGCAGGGUGCAAAUGGCGAACCAAGCGGUGAAAAUUUAAGAACAAGAGGAACAGGUGGUCUCAACUCGAUUGCAGCUACUUUUUCAAUCGAAGGUACACCAGGUUGUCAUUUGCUUACUCCGAAAGAGAAGCAGCUCUGCAGCAAAUUGAAAUUGCUUCCAAAGCACUAUUUGGUGAUAAAAGACGCACUGGUUCGUGAAUGCUUUCGCUUAGGCUAUUUGACAAAAAAGAUGGCCAAGGAGACGGUACAAAUAGAUGUGAACAAAACUGGUCAGGUCUACGAUUUCUUUGUCAAGUGUGGUUGGGUCAAGUCGGAGAAUGCCAUUACAACAGUUUCACCAUCGUUGAAAUCAGUAAAUACUAAACUUCUGCAUAAAGAUAAGAAAGAAGUAGAAGAGACUGCGAGACACAAACUAGUUCCAGUCAUAGCAACAAAGGAAGGACAGAAGACCACAACACCAACAAAACCCUCUUCUUCUUCGUCCUCAUCCAUUGUCUCACCACUAACUGAUCCAACAUCAGCAGAAGCUCUAUCAGCUGCAUCAGGUGCAUUAGAAGCACUUAGUACGAGUGUUUUACCCGAGGUAAUUAUGGAUGAACCCAUGCCUUUGGCAGUAGCUGUAGCAGCUGAAGAAUCUACAACGGACGAUGAAGAGCUACAACAACUUUCAAUGGUGAAAUCCGACCCUUCUAGUGUCAUGAUGUAUACAUCUGAUGGCGCAGUAGCUGUCGAAUUAGAAUAUGAAGAUGUUGUGACGUUUUUGUUUAAUAUGGCACGAGAACAAAAGACACUGGAACUUCAUAAAGGAAUGCGCACAGUGUGUAAAGCAAGAAAUGCAAAUGAGCUCUUACCGAGACUCUUGACAGCUGAAGACGAGACAGGAUUAACGCUAUUGAUGAUUGCAGUACGUGGCAACGAUCAAUUGUUUUGUCGUAUGCUAUUGGAUGCUGGAGCUGAUGUCAAUUAUAAGACUGAAAAGCGCACCUAUGCAUUGCUGCUUGCGGCGCAAAAGGGCUGGGAAGAUAUUACAACAUUUCUGCUUGAGUGUGGUGCCAACGAAGAAUCAAAGAACAUGGCACUCAUCCCUGCUGCUCACUUUGGUCAUUUACCCGUUGUUAAAAUGCUCUUGGAGACAGGAGGGAACCAAAACUAUGCCAACAAGAAGGGUACUACUCCAUUGAUGCGCGCAGCGCAAGAAGGACGUGCUGAGGUGGUCAAAUUCCUGAUCAAGAAAGGCGCUGACACGUGUGCUGCCAAUAAUGAAGGUAUGACGGCUCUCAUGUUGGCAGCGCAACGUGGACACGCGAGUAUUGCCACGAUGCUCAUGAAGUCGGGAUCGAAUGUAAAUAAGCAGACUCGGCAAGGCAGUACGGCGCUAUUGCUAGCUGCCAAGCGGGGACAUACUGCUGCUGUCGAAGCACUGAUGACAGCUGGUGCAGAUAUCUUUCUCAAAGACGACCGGGACAAGACGGCAGCCGAGACAGCUCAGCGUCGAGGACACGUGGACUUGUUUUUAAAGAUUUCAGUGCAGAACCAGCUCCGGUUGAUGCGUGAGGACCUCAGACGGCAGAGGUGCUACAUGCUGAUGCGGUUAUCGACGUUGUAUGUUCUAUCGCGUGCGCAGCUGACACCGGCGUGCAAGAACCAAAAGCGGCAGCAAUACAACACGUUGAUGGACCGUACACUGCGUUUACCCAAGCCGCUAUUGCAGAACAUUGCUCUCUUUUUGCCACUCUGCCGGAUGUGGGACCGUCAGCUCCGUUAUCUAAUCUAUGAGGCGGCGCCGCAGCCCAAUCGCGUGGCGCAACAAGGACUUCGCAUCCUGGACGAGGUAUUGCUAAGCGUCAGUCUUGAAGUACGACCAAGUCUGCAUCGAAUUAAACAGGAAUGCGGCGGGCCGCUGCACGUGACUGGCCAGCUAGGGCUGCUGCGCGACAGCUCCGAGUACCGUGGACUGUUUACGACGGAGUCGCGGACACCCGUGCCUCCGCGCAUGGUGCAUCAGCUGCGACGCAUGGCCGACAUUCAAGGUGCCCUGUGUACAUAUGCUGCUGGGUCGGCAAUCCAGUUUGGCGUGGAAGUUGCACAGGACGUGGUCGCGUUACUUACGGAUCUCUUGAAUUGGGAUACUGCUCGAAGGCAAGCUGAGCUGUUGAAUUGA